GGAGGAGCUAGACGUCCCAGUGUUUUUUCAUACACCCACGUCCUCGGUGAAAAAAUUGAGUAGAAGAUAGGGAAGAUAUAUCCGUUUCCUGCAAUUGUUAGUUGGAUCUUUCUUGUUUAUUGUAUUUCAUAGAAAAUAGUUCAUAGAAUGCAACCACAGGAGACUGCAUUGUAGUUAGUUGUAUUGUUGGACUGAGAAGGAGGCUCCAUAGAGAGAAGAGGAAAUUCAUUUUAAAUACAGACUGUGGAAAAAAUCGAGUCUUCUUCAUGGCAGAAAACAAUUUUCCUCCCCUGCCACGGUUCAUUCCCCUGAAGCCAUGUUUUUACCAGGACUUCAAUGAGAUCCCUGACCAGCACCGCACCAUGUGCAAGAGGCUGUACUACCUGUGGAUCUUGAACAGUGCCACACUGGCAUUCAAUCUGAUUGGCUGCCUGGCAUGGAUGUGUGGUGGGGGCGGAGCCACUAACUUUGGCAUGGCCAUUCUUUGGCUCAUUCUCUUCACACCCUGCUCGUAUGUGUGCUGGUUCAGGCCCAUCUACAAAGCCUUCAAAACUGACAGCUCCUUCAACUUCAUGGCCUUCUUCUUCGUCUUCAUGGCACAAGUGGUGAUCAGUAUUAUCCAGACAGUGGGCAUUCCAGGCUGGGGAGUGUGUGGCUGGCUGGCUACCAUCACCUUCUUCAGCAGCAACAUUGGCUCGGCCGUGGUGAUGCUGAUUCCCACCAUCAUGUUCACCGCGGUGGCCGUCCUCUCCUUCAUCGCCCUCACCAGGGUGCAUAACCUGUACCGGGGGAGCGGGGGCAGCAUGAGCAAGGCGCAGCAGGAGUGGACCUCCGGGGCCUGGAAGAACCCGCACGUGCAGCAGGCUGCUCAGCAGGCCGCCAUGGGAGCGGCCCAGGGGGCCAUGCACCAGGAGGACUACUCCUCCACACCCAGCUACAACUACGACAACCAGAUGUAGG